AUGGCAGAAGAUGUAACUAGUCAGCAGAUUACAAAUUUAAGUUCAACACCAGGAUUUUCUAUUGCCUGUGAUGAAUCUUGCCAUGCAAAUGAUAUUGCACAGGUUGUAGUUAUUUGUAGAUAUGUUAACUCUGACGAAACUCAGGAAGAGUUACUUGAUAUACUGCCACUUACUGGACAAACUCGAGGUGAGGAUAUAGAAUCUGCUGUUACCAAUUGUUUGAAAAGUAAAAAUAUUGAUAUUAAUAAAAUAGUAUCAAUUGCAACUGAUGGAGCAUCAAAGUAUGAAAGUACACAACAAAAAGAUCUUGAAUAUGUUGAGCUCAAUAAUCACGAUUGGUUACAAAAAUUUUAUUUUAUGGUGGACAUGACCUCACAUUUAAACACACUAAACAAGAAACUGCAAGGGAAGAAAAAUACUGCUAUUUUGCUUUUAGAAGAUAGAAAUACAACAGGAUUUAGCACAUUGCUACAUUUUCCUAUGUUGAAGAAAUAUCAACAGGAUCAUACUUCAAAAGAUUUAACAUAUUUUGCACAAAUAGUGAUAAAUAUGAAAUUGAGAUUUGAUUUGAAUAUUUUGCCUUUUAGUGAUAUUGAUCAAGCAGUUUUUCAACUAGAACUAGCAGAUUUAAANGAAUCAUCCGCCAUUAUAUUUGACUACCUCUGGUGUCCAUCGUGA